UCAUAAAUAAGAUGCCAGGCUCACAAAGCUCAGUGGGGCUAGUUGUUGUUGUUCUUUCUGCUCUGAGAGAGAAUGCAUAGAAGCACAGGCAACACUGACCAUCCCAGUGGGGCCUCUUCACUUCAGACAAUGUGGACUCCUGUAUAUACAUAAGAACAGGAGACAGCGUUGGUUUUGCAAUGUCUACCACUACUGGGAGAAUAGUGAAGCAUUAUCUUUCCACUGGUUUCGGUACGCAGUACUGUACUGUUCUCCUGGAGCCGUCAGACGAUCAGAUCUAGAUACUCAAAUUAUUUGCAAUGCUCACACUCAAUCUACUGCAUAAUCAUUGUGGCUUUUGGUCCUGUCACACGUCCGAGCCGUCAGGUUAAUGUUGUCAGUUAUGCUUACUGGUGCUACUAUCCACCUGGUGAGACAGUCCCUCCUGACUCUGGCUACAUGUUUGGUGGUGUUUAUUCUGGGAAGCACACUAACGCAGUUACUGGAACUAGCACCUGCCCUCCUUUCUUCUCUCCUCUUCAUUUCGGGCAGGACAUUCAAGUGUGUGUCAGCAGUGAUAUUCAGGGUAUGUCUUAUGCUCUUCCAUUCGGCGGUUUCCACAGUUGUAGCUCUGGGAAUCCUCUGUCUCUUUCUCCUGCCCAGUAUGAAAAGGGUUCCUCAUUCCCUCUACAGUGUCCUGAGCGAUAUAACCAGUUCCUAGUAACUGUUGAUGAAGGCUGCAUUGUCAACUACUGCUCAAAUGUAGACUUUAUUCUCAAGUAUACCUCCCAGCCCCCAAUACUGCCACCUUAUAAGAUCAGGCCACCAAUGACUGUCAAUCAGUCCGAGUCCAUGAUCAUUGUUGGUCCUUAUGGUACAGUGUGGACCAAAGGUGAUGAUGGUACAUGGUCUAAACACAAAGCUGGUGAUAUGAUCAAUGAUAAUGAGUAUAUUUGGACAUUCACUUCUGAGCCACACAAUGUGACUGAUGAUAAUGGAACAGUAAUAGGCUCUACUUAUGAUGGCUCUAUGCGUACUCCCAGUUUUACUGGUGCUGAGGUAGCUGGUUUUGUUAUAGGAUCAGUUUUCUCUACCGCGUUGUGCAUUGCAUUUAUUGCUGCUGUUGGUUGUGGUGUUAAGAAGUAUAAGAAGAAGCGUAUAGCCAGGAAGGAGGCAGUGCUCUACUUGGAUAAGUCUGAAACCGGAGAGAAUGAGACAGCUGUCCUGGUCCAAAAGCUGCAAGACUGAAAAACUAUUAUUAUACUGUGUGUUCUACUGUAAUUUUUCUGCUUGCUAAAUGUGUGUUUUUGCUGCUUUUUAAAGAGUAAAUCUAUUUGCUGUUUUUCUUAAAGGUGCAUGCAUGGCACAUGCAGUAUCAACUGAUACUAUCCUCACUUUUGUCAUUGAUAGUAGUCUAUAUAAGAACUAAUGACAUUCACAAUCACAUACGCACCCUCUUUUCUAAUCCACCCCUUGUUCCUGCUCAUCUUGAUUCAAUACAGGCUAAAGAUGAGGGAUUUCAUUGCAGCUAGCUUUGUAUUGCUUUCCAUCUUUCUUAUUCAUGGGGCAUCUUCCUCUUAUCCAGUUGGUGAUAUUCGUAAUUGUCCAACUGAGCAGACAGUUAAUCCUGGAUCACCUCUACUGAGAAUGGAUGCAAUGCCUGGCCUUGGAUUUGAUAACCUUCGUAAUAUUGAACUGGGCCAGGUGUACAGUAGGAAUUACUCCAGUUGUCAAAUCUCUAAUGAUGGCCGUUACCUCCUGCCUGAUAAUAUCAAUUUGAUUCCUGUCCUUAAGAGUGAGAUUGAUACAUCUGCAGAGGUUUUCAGCCAUUAUAAUGAAUACACGUCUUCAUCAAGUCACUCCAUUAAUGUUGAAGCUAGUGCAAGUUAUGGCUGUGCACAUGCUAGUGGCAAAUUCUCAAUGGAGCACCAGGAUACAAAAAAGAAAAUGGCCAGCUCAAAAUCAAGUUCAGUUAGAAUUGGAAUAAGGCACCAUCUUUAUUCAGUCCACGUUAAUCCUGAUAGCCAGUUGCAUCCUUCCUUUAAGUCCAGAUUGAUGGAUCUUGCUGCUCACAUUCAAAACAAUGACACUCAAAUGGCUCAUUAUCUCUCCGAUCUAAUAGUAAGGGAUUACGGGACUCAUGUUGUGACGAGUGUUGAAACAGGUGGUGCUCUCUAUCAGACUAGCUUUGUUUCGCAAGAUGUUAUUGAAAAUAGUCAAUAUUUAAAAAGUUCUGUUGAAAUUGGUGCUUCAGUUGGAGCAAAAUUCAUAGCCACUUUCUCCAUAAGCACUAACAUUGGUUGGUCUAAUAGCAAUGGUGAAAAAGAAAUCAAUAGUGACAGUAAUCAUCAUGUUCGUACAUCAACUCAUGGUGGUCCUCCUUUUAAAAUGGAAAAUUUCAGCUACACUGACUGGCAAAAUGGACUACUGAAUAAUCUUGUGGCUAUCGAUCGUCGUGGUCAGCCCCUCUCAUUUGCUAUGACUACUGCAAAUUUACCUGAACUACCUGACAUGCUACUAACUAAAACUUCAGAUUACAUUUAUAAAUCUAUCGAAAGAUACUACAAAACAAACACUAUAAAAGGAUGCACUAAGAUGGACUCCAAAAAUUUUAACUUUCAUGCUAAUUUAGAAGACAAUUCGUGUGACAUGCUACUAACUAAAACUUCAGAUUACAUUUAUAAAUCUAUCGAAAGAUACUACAAAACAAACACUAUUAAAGGAUGCACUAAGAUGGACUCCAAAAAUUUUAACUUUCAUGCUAAUUUAGAAGACAAUUCAUGUGAAAAAGACAGACAGAAUUUCACCUUUGGAGGAAUUUAUCAAACCUGUGAGGACCAUGAUAACAAUGAGAUUUGCAAUGAUUAUGGAGCUAGUCAAAAAAAUCCAUUGACAUCAGAUUAUUCAUGUCCUGAUGGAUAUGAGAGUAUCCUACUUCACACUGGUACCUUAAGUAAAAUGGUACAAGUUACUUAUUAUUACCAAAAGAAGCACUGUAAAUUCAUUUUUGACUGCAAGAUGCAACCUGCAAGUAGUCAACGUUCAGAGAUGCGCUACUCUACUUAUAAUGCUUACUGGUGUUAUGCUCCUCCUGGUAAGCAAGAAGGUGCUGAUUCAGGAUACAUGUUCGGUGGCCUAUACACCAGUAAAACUCCCAAUCCAGUCACCCGUACCACCACUUGUCCACCUUUUUAUAAUACUCUUCAUUUUGGCGAAGAUAUCAAAGUUUGUGUAAGCACUGAUGAUCAGGCAAAGGACUAUGCAAUACCAUUUGGCGGUUUUCAUAGCUGCAAGUCUGGAAAUCCACUGGCCAUUACACCAGACAUGUAUCAGAAAUUAGCAUCAAACAAUCUAUUGGAAUAUGGUUCAUCUUUUCCUACGGAGUGCUCUCACCAUUACAAUCAAUUCUUGGUAACAAUCGAUGAAGGUUGUGUUGUGAACUAUUGCUCCCAGUUUCAGGACAUCAUACAGUUUUCACCAAGGCCUCCACUAGUACCACCAUAUAAAAUGAAGCCCCCAAUGACAGUCAAUAAAACAGAAUCGUUGGUUAUCUUUGGCCCUUAUGGUAAAAUAUGGGUUAAAAACGAUGAUGGUAGUUGGUUUGAGUAUAAAAAUGACAGUGUCAGUGGGCCCGAUUAUUUCCAAUCUUUAUUUGUCAAGGAAGAUGAUAUAGCUAUACCAACUGAGCUACCACCUACCAAUGCAACAGUAAGUGAUGAUACUACAUCCAGUCCAAGCCACAGUUAUUAUACUGGUGGUGAGGUAGCUGGAAUCGUUAUUGGAUCAAUUUUCUCUACUGCACUGUGUGUUGCAUUUAUUGCUGCUGUUGGUUGUGGUGUUAAAAAGUAUAAGAAGAAGCGUAUAGCCAGGAAGGAGGCAGUGCUGUACUUGGAUAAGUCUGAAACUGGAGAGAAUGAGACAGCUGUCCUGGUCCAAAAAUUGCAAGACCAAGAUUAGUUUAGCUUAUUGUGUGCUUUUAAUAAUAUUUUUUGCUGCUUGCUGGUUUGCUGACAUUUUAGUCUAGAUUUGGUGCUUAAUUUUCUUUUUAUUAUUAGCUUAUUUUUUGCUUGCUAAUUUGAAUUUUUGCUGCCUUCUUUUGUUUUCAUUCCUAUAAAUUUAA